AUGGUACGCCCGACUAUUCAUAAAACUCAUCAAGAUAGAGUACAAGCUGCGAGAGACAAGCAUCGUCGACACUAUCUAAAGUGUCGAGAGGUUAUACUGGCAAAGCGGCGUCAGGUACGCCAAGAAAAAAAAGCCUGUCAAGUCAACGAUCUUUCAGAUGAUGAAGACGAACCGAUGGAAACUUUACAAGACUGCAUUGCCAUGGUCAAGUAUGCCAAGGAUGACUUCAUGACGCAUAUCAAAGCCCCACGAAGAUUCUUCAACCUCCUCGUGGAUGAGUACUCCAAGACCAUGCCUGACCCUGAGCUAUAUCCUACCGGGAGCGGAGACAGAUCUGUCUUCGAACGCGCUAUUACAAACUUUGAAGACUUUCUUGACAGAGCCAACCGUGGGCUGGAUGGUAUCCUUCAGAUGUGCGGUGUCUGUGACAAGUGGCGUGCUGCAGAAGGCAUCUGCAAGUUCAUGAGGGAAAUGAUAGGAAUGGUGGAAGACAUCUUGUUGCAUCUGGCAGAAGGCGGAGACGGUGAAUUAGCGGCUGCCUUCAUAGAAGAUCUUUUUGCGAAGACGUGUAUGGUCUCUAUUGCUGUCCUCAUGCAUGACCAGCGCGAUAUGCUCAAAACAUUUUUGUCUGCAUUUAAGAUUGCUCGCUCUGGGUCAGUGGAAGAACAGGAUGAUUUUUGGGAGAAUGUAUAUUCACACUGGUUCACAACUUGGCCUGAACGUACUGUGCACUUCGCAGACAUACCCGAUGAUCAAGCACUGUCUGGGCUGCAGGAGGCAUUGCUUGCUGAAGCUAUUCGAUGCCGUCGUUGA